CAACUCUGGAAGAAAUCUAUCUCUUACAGAGCGGGUUAUGGGGCAACGAAAGAGGCUUGAAGAUGCAGUGGACGCCAGAACAUGCCCAGUGGCCAGAGCAGCACUUUGACAUCACUUCGACCACCCGCUCUCCCGCCCACAAGGUAGAAGCUUACCGUGGCCAUCUUCAGCGCACCUAUCAGUAUGCCUGGGCGAACGAUGACAUCUCUGCUCUCACAGCCUCAAAUCUGCUAAAGAAAUAUGCAGAAAAGUAUUCUGGAAUUUUGGAAGGGCCAGCCGAACGUCCCAUCCUGGGUAACUAUGUGGAGCCUCCAUCAGGGCUGGUGAAUGGUCGCAAAAGUGAAAGUGAGCCGUGGCAGCCUUCUUUGAACUCUGAGAGUGUUUAUCCUAUGAACUGUGUCCCAGAUGUUAUUACCGCCAGCAAAGCUGGAGUAAGUACUGCUCUCCCUCCGGCAGAUGUCUCUGCCAGUAUAGGGAGCUCCCCCGGGGUGGCUAGCAACCUGACAGAACCUAGUUAUUCAAGUAGUACAUGCGGAAGUCAUACAGUCCCUAGUCUGCAUUCAGGGCUCCCAUCUCAGGAAUAUGCCACAGGAUAUAACGGAUCGUACCUGCAUACAAGUUACAGUGGCCAGCCAGCACCUGCACUUCCUUCACCUCAUCCCUCUCCUUUGCAUAGCUCUGGGCUUUUACAGCCACCCCCUCCACCACCGCCGCCACCAUCCCUAGUGCCAGGCUACAAUGGGACAUCUAACCUUUCCAGUUAUAGCUACCCGCCAGCAAGUUAUCCCCCUCAAAGUGCUGUUGGGGCUGGCUACAGCCCUGGUGGAGCACCACCUCCUUCAGCCUAUCUGCCUUCAGGUAUCCCUGCCCCAACUCCUCUGCCCCCCACCACAGUACCUGGUUACACCUACCAGAGUCAUGGCUUAACGCCCAUCGCACCGUCAGCCCUGACCAAUAGCUCAGCAACUUCUCUCAAGAGGAAAGCUUUCUAUAUGGCAGGGCAAGGAGAAAUGGACUCCAGCUAUGGAAAUUACAACUAUGGCCAACAGAGAUCUACACAAAGCCCCAUGUACAGGAUGCCCGACAACAGCAUUUCCAAUGCCAGCAGAGGGAAUGGCUUUGACCGAAGCGUUGAAUCCUCCUCCUUGGCCUUUAAGUCAACCAAACAAAUCAUGGCUUCCGAGCAGCAAAGGAAAUUUAACCAGUCCGGUCGGGCUCUGACGCCCCCUUCCUAUAGUUCUGCUAAAAAUUCCCUUGGUUCCAGAGCAAGCGAGCCCUUUGGGAAGUAUAGCUCUCCUGUCAUGAACGAACACAGCGAAGAACACAGGCAGCUUCUUCCCCAUCCAAUGCAAGGCCCGGGACUUCGUGCAGCUACCUCAUCCAAUCACUCUGUGGACGAGCAACUUAAGAACACUGAUGCACACCUCAUGGACCUUGUGACCAAUGAGAUUAUCAGCCAAGGACCACCAGUGGACUGGAAUGACAUUGCUGGACUAGAUUUGGUGAAGGCUGUCAUUAAAGAGGAGGUUUUAUGGCCAGUAUUGAGGUCAGAUGCAUUUAACGGGCUGACUGCUCUACCUCGGAGCAUCCUCUUAUUUGGACCUCGGGGCACAGGCAAAACAUUACUGGGGAGAUGUAUAGCUACCCAACUAGGUGCCACAUUUUUCAAACUCACAGGUUCUGUUCUUGCCACAAAGUGGUUGGGGGAAGGAGAAAAAAUUGUGCACGCUUCCUUCCUGGUGGCAAGGUGCCGACAGCCCUCGGUGAUUUUUGUUAGUGACAUUGAUAUGCUCCUUUCAUCCCAAGUGAGUGAAGAGCACAGUCCAGUUUGUCGGAUGAGAACCGAGUUCCUUAUGCAGCUGGACACCGUGCUCACUUCCGCUGAGGACCAAAUAGUAGUCAUCUGCGCUACCAGUAAACCGGAAGAAAUAGACGAAUCUCUUCGAAGGUACUUCAUGAAACGACUUUUAAUCCCACUUCCUGACAGCACAGCCAGGCACCAGAUAAUAGUACAGCUGCUUUCACAGCACAAUUACUGCCUCAGCGAUAAGGAGGUUGCACUGCUAGUCCAGCGUACAGAAGGCUUUUCUGGACUCGACGUGGGUCAUUUGUGUCAGGAAGCUGUUGUGGGCCCUCUCCAUGCCAUGCCAGCCACAGACCUUUCGGCCCUUAUGCCCAGUCAGUUGAGGCCUGUUACGUAUCAAGACUUCGACAAGGCUUUUUGCAAAAUACAGCCUAGCAUCUCUCCAAAGGAGCUCGAUACAUACGUCGAAUGGAACAAAAUGUUUGGUUGCAGUCAGUGACAA